AUGAAAUCACUCAAGGACCCACUCUCCCUCCCAAAACGAGGCUGGCUAAAGAAAAAAGGAAACAACCAAGGAUUAUGGCAUAACAGGUAUGUUUCUAUUUCAGAUCACUCAAUUAUCGUAUCCAAAGAUGAAGCAAUUACAAACAUUGAUAUUGUAAUCCCCAUGACACCAGAUGUUACUUUCGAAUUAGUUCGCGGAGCAACAAAUCCGAGAUUUCAAAUCAAGCCAUCUAAGGACGCUCAGCCUAUUUUAUUUUCUGCAUGCUCAUCUGAAGAAAUAUCCGAGUGGUUUAACGUUUUUCGAUCAAUUCAAACAACAUGCACUAAACUGUCGAUGGAUGACUUCCAGAUAAUUUCUGUUCUUGGCAGAGGUUACUAUGGAAAGGUCAUGCUUUGCAGAAGAUAUGAUAAUGAUCAGCUUUAUGCAAUCAAAUCCAUAAGAAAAUCUGUGAUAAACGAUGUUGAUGGUUGCUCUGUUCUUACUGAGAAGAAUAUCAUGAUGAAAAUCCAUCAUCCAUUCGUUGUUAACCUCUGUUUCGCCUUCCAAUCUGAUCGUAAGGUCUAUUUAGGCUUGGAAUACGCUUCUGGCGGAGAAUUGUUUUAUUACAUGGAAAAAGUCGGAGUUGUUCCAAUUGACGAUGCCAGAUUGUACAUUGCUGAAAUUGGCUUGGCUCUCUCUCAUUUGCACAAGUACGGAAUCAUUUACAGAGAUCUGAAACCUGAAAACGUUUUAUUUGACGCAGAUGGUCAUAUAAAGCUUACAGAUUUCGGACUCUCAAAGGAGUUAA